UUUCCCCAUCUCUGCACAGUCAGCCUGGCCUUUAACAGCCGUUUCUGGGGCAGUCAUGGUGGAGGGGCUCGUUUAUUGGACUUUCGCUUUUUCCCGGGGCUGAUCUCCUGGGAACGGCCUUUCAGGCCAGCGUGGAUGUGAUGUCUGGGAAUCCAGGCCAAACUGAGACAUCUGCACUUUAUCAUGAGCGACAGCGCCUGGAGUUGUGUGCCGUCCAUGCCCUCAACAACGUCCUGCAGGAACGACUCUUUACCCAAGAGGUGGCUGAUGAAAUCUGUAAAAGGCUGGCUCCGGAGGCUAGGUGGAAUCCACACCGCAGCUUUCUGGGGACAGGGAACUAUGAUGUCAACGUCAUCAUGGCAGCUCUUCAGAGUGUGGGGCUGGAAGCCAUUUGGUGGGACAAACGAAGACCCCUCGAGCAGUUGUCCCUGGCAGGGCUGGUUGGCUUCAUCAUGAACGUCCCUUCCAAUGUGUGCCUGGGCUUCCUGUCUCUUCCGGUGAGGCGUCGCCACUGGAUUGCUGUGCGUCAGCUUGAUGGCAUCUAUUAUAAUCUUGACUCCAAAUUGAAGGCACCGGCACCAAUUGGUGGUGAAGCUGACCUCAGGGUAUUUCUCCAGGAGGUGCUUUCCCAGGGCCCCUGUGAGUUGCUGUUGGUUGUGCCCCAUGAGGCAGGUGAAGCCAGGCCCUGGCUGAGCACUGUGAGGUGAUCUCUGGCCUCCCACAAGAAACUGCCUGGCCUAAAGAUCUUUUUUUCUCCCUGCUGCACUCCUUUGCACCGGCUGCUGCAUAUGUUGUGGAGAAGAUGGGAGCACUCUAUUCCUGUUUAUACUGCCACUCUGGGUGCCGAUGAUAGAAUACAUCUUCCCCUCUCCAAGAAAUGGUCCUGGCUUCUCUCUAUCUCUGCUUGCUUUUUAAAGGCUUGGUUUCUUCUGGGAUGAUAUGGAAUAAAGGACGUGGCACCUAAUGGUGAAGGAUCUCUUCCCAGCAUAGCCAAUUAUAUCAUAUCUAUAUCUAUAUAGGAUCUUCCUUUAGCAGUCAAGUAGAUCAUUCAAGUUGGGGGUUAGUUUUAUGAACAGGGCUUGAUGGUGGUGCCCAUCUCUCAUUUUCAUCCCCAGAAUGUGGCAGUCCAUGAUAUAAAUGCAUCAGUGGAAUGUGGGUCUCACUGCUAAGCCCCAGCAGACCAUGAUUUUGUCUUUUCAGGAUUUGUCUGUAAAAGCCAUUUCUGCUAAUACAUCCAGCACUUUCCUUGGGUGAAGCAGUUUCUGCUGACCUUGCCUCAAGGAGUCCAGAUUUGAUUUUGGAGGAGGCUGCUCUGGAAAAUACUGGAGAAGUCAGGCAGAGCCUUUUGAACAACUGAUUGGGACUUGGAUUAAGAGAAUGAGGAGAUGCUUAAGAACUGUUAAAUGUUAAGAAAAGCAGGAUAACUUCAGUUGCGGGGAGGUGUGCCUAAAGACCUGCCUUCUUUUGACUAUCUUGCGUUUUCUUGUGAGGCUGCUUGAGGAAAAAUGAAAGGAUUAAGAAUUCUGGGGUAGCUAUGGUUGAAGUCAAGAAGGCAGAAAUUGAGAGGGGGAGAAGAACACUUUGCUAGAAUCAUGGUUUAGGAGAAGAGAGUAGUAGUAACAGAGAGUAACUGUGCAGCCCCUAAGGGGCUUCUGUGCCUUUUAUUUCUGGCUGACAAAAAUUCAAUAGGAUGAUUUUUCCCAAGAUUGAUGCCUUAAGGCAGUGGCCUUCCUCACUGAAUGGUGCUCCUGGGAAUUCUAGUUCAGCGUUAUCUGGAGGGUAGUAGGUUUCCAUCCCUGUUUUAGGGGUACUUGUGCCUGCUGAAUUUUUGACUGUCACAUAAUGAUUAAUGGAUAAGAAUCUGGCACAGUGGACAAACAAGUGAUGGUCCUCUCCCAGAAAGCAAAAACCUUUGCUUUUUCUUAGUUUCCUUUAUUUCAAAAGGAAAAAAAAAACUUCCUUGUGCCAGAGAAAAAAGAGUAUAUGGUAGAAAGUUCAAAUAUUAGCCUGGGGGCUAAGCAGUGGUCAGGACAUAGGAGACUAAUUCACUGCCCAGUUCAUCAUCCAGUUUUUAUGUGUUUUUAUGCUUCUCUGGGCUGCAUUGCCCAUUUUGUGAUGUAAAAUAAACAUAAACCUUCCAAGUUUUAUGUUACUACAAAAAACCUGAAAGGGGAGAAACCAAAUGAUGCAAAAGAAAUAAACACGUGCUUGAGUUUA